CUGUCAAAGUAAACUCAGUGAGUGUUACUCGCUUCGGGAAGAAGAGGACAGCCGACACAAUGGUCGGACAGGAUUCUCAUCUGCAGUCCCCCGCCAAGAAGAGAUCCCUUCUCGAUGGGAUUUCCAAUUUAAGUAUUCCUACGGCUACCGAUCUCGAUACGGAACCUGGGAAGGUAAAUUGCAAGGCUGUACGUGAAAUUGAAGCUGCAGCCUCCAAGUUUGAUGAUUCUGAGAUGUGCGAUGGUUAUGUAACUGAAAUCUACGAUUAUCUUCAUAACAUGGAGAAAGAAGCAAAGAGAAGGCCGCUGCAAGACUAUAUCGACAAGGUGCAGAAAGAUGUGACUGCAAACAUGAGAGGGGUUUUGGUGGAUUGGUUGGUGGAGGUUGCAGAAGAAUACAAGCUUCAAUCUGAUACACUUUAUCUUUCAAUCACUUACAUUGACAGAUUCUUGUCUCUUAAUCCUCUCAAUAAGCAGAGGCUGCAGUUGCUUGGCGUUUCUUCAAUGUCGAUUGCAUCAAAGUUUCAAGAGAUUAAUCCUCCAACACUUGAUGACUUCUGCUACAUCACAGAUAACACUUACAAAAAGGAAGAGCUGGUGAAGAUGGAAGCCGAUAUACUUAAGUCUCUUCAAUUCGAAGUGAGCAGCCCAACCAUUAAUACCUUCUUGAGAAGAUUCUCCAGGAUUUCUGAACAGGAACCCGAAUAUCCUGAUUUGCAGUUUGAGUUAUUGGGAUGCUACUUGGCAGAGUUGAGUUUGCUGGACUAUGGCUGUGUCAAGUUCUUGCCUUCCAUGAUUGCUUCUUCUAUUGUAUUUCUUUCCAGGUUUAUGUUCCACCCUGAUAAACAUCCAUGGAAUGCAAACCUUGAAAAGUUUUCAGGAUACAAACCUGCUGAUUUACAGGAAUGUGUUCUUCUUAUACAAGACUUGCAGUUGGGUAAAAGAGAGGGCUCCUUGGUAGCAGUCAGAGACAAAUACAACCAGCAUAAAUUCAAAUAUGUUGGCUUGAUGAAGGGCCCUCUUCAAAUACCCAAUUUAUACUUUGAAAGUUGAAGAAUGUUUGAUUCUCGUCUUACUUUGUACCUAUUUCUAGUUUAAUAGUUUAGUUUCUAAAUUAUUCCCAUUUAAAUGCAAUGAGAUUAGAUUUUUGUGUAAGUGAUGGCUCUUAAUUUUCUUAUUUAAGUUAAUGAUGAGAUCAUGUUUAAUUUUAGGCAUUUGAUUACGUUUAAACUAGGAUGAACAUGUUUAU